GGGCAAGUGCACUAACCCUAGCCUUGUAAACGCCCUGUAACUGCCCCGUAGGAACGCCUGGAAGCCACGGUAAUAGAGGGGGAUCCGUAGGGCGUCGGGGCCGAACCAGGCCGAUUACCGACCUUCCGAAGCCGACCCCGAAGCUUCCCCGUUUCGCGUUACCAAUGAAAAAAAAACCUUUAGGGCGAAGUUUCCCACGGUUACAUCAUAUCGCGCAUCCCACCCAUCCGCCGGAAGCCGCGGUAACACGUCAACCCGACAACAAGAAACCUUCCUCACAGCCUACGUACAUACGUAGCCCUAGCCUUGUCGACGCCAAUACGGGGUAUACCACCGCAUCCAGCGAAAAACCAGGAUCCGAUAUCGCGCAUCCAGGCAUCCCCAUCCAUCCAUCCCCCCAUCCAUGGGAAACGCCAACCCACGGACCGUAAAGCCACCGCCGUACGCGCAAUGCAGCAGAUCCUACCCCCGGGCCGCAAGGCCCUCAGCUCCUUCAUAUGCACCUCGUGCCGGCGGCGGCAGUUCUCCGCAACCGCAACACCAACACGUCGGAGAGAGCCCAUCCCAGCGCCCCCACCAGCGGGCUACGCCCAGCUGUCCUCGCGCCGCCUGAUCAGCGUAGCGGGCCCCGACGCCGCGAAGUUCCUGCACGGGCUCGUGACGCGGAGCGUCGUCGCGGAGCCGGGAAACGGUCGCCGGCUCAACACGCCGCAGAUCGACGCAGCAGCGGCUGCCGAGGCUGCGGCGCCGGGGUUCUACGCCGCGUUCCUGAAUGCGCGGGGCCGCGUGCUGAACGACGUCUUCGUGUACCGCGACACGCUCGGCCUGGGCGGGGGUACGGCUGUGGAGGGAGAGGCGUUCGUGAUUGAGGUUGAUGCGGGACAGGCUGAGGCCCUGGCCGCGCAUAUGAAGCGGUAUAAGCUGCGGCGCAUGGUGUCUUGUCGGGUUUUGCACGAGGAGGAGUGUUCGGUGUGGCAGGUCUGGGACGGCGCUUCUGCUUCACUGCCUGCGCUGGAGGGGAUGAAGGAUGGUAUUACGCUCCCUGAUACCCGCGCCCCGGGGAUGGGAUCGCGUGUUUUAAGGCUUGGUGAUGGCGCGGGGUAUCUGGAUUUGAAUCUUGAGAAGUACGAUGACACGGCGUACCGGAUCCAUCGCUAUCUGCUCGGCGUAGCGGAAGGGCAGGCUGAGAUCCCGCGCGAACAGGCGUUGCCGCAGGAGGCGAACAUGGACGCCGCCGGGGGCAUCGACUUCCGGAAGGGGUGCUAUGUAGGGCAGGAGCUGACGAUCCGGACGCGGCAUCGCGGGGUCGUGCGGAAGCGUAUCUUGCCUUGCCUUUUGUAUCCGUCCUCCUCAGCAUCAGCAUCCUCUCCAUCGCCGCGGAAACUCGAGUAUAACCCUUGGGUGAACGGGAUGGAGGAAGGGAAUGAGAUAUCAGCGGAAAACGUCCCGUCGAACCUGGCUAUUUCCCGCAAGGGCCGCACUAAGGGCACCAGUGCGGGAACAUGGCUGGGCGGCGUGGGUAAUGUUGGGCUGGCGCUGUGUCGGCUGCACAUCAUGACGGGCGUGGAGCUCCUCGGCGAGACGCGCGCGAAGCCGUUUAACCCCGACGAGGACGAGUUUGUGUUGAAGUGGGGGGCGGAAGAGGAGGAGGAAGGUGAUAGGCAGUCUGUUAAGAUCAAGGCGUUUGUGCCGGAUUGGUUGAGGGAGAAGUUGUCCGAGGAGUGGAAUUCUGAUUCUGGUCAUUGACGUUGUGGAGAGGAGAGAAGGGGGUUGUAGAACUAAAGUAGACUUGGGAGAGUUGUAUGGUAUAGGUAUGUAGAUGUGCUGGUAUCGCUACUCUGAAGCCGAUGUAUCCUAUGAAGAAGAAUAAUAGAGCUUCAGCUCAUAAUUGAAUCGAGGCAAUUCAAUCCAUGUUACUUAUUUAUCCGUUUUUCCUACGAUGGGUGUGAAUGGGUGGGUUGUGCACUAGGCUUGAAAACAUCACAUUGC